AUGGCGCGUGCAACGUUUGGCGUGCUUUUGUUACUGACCAUUUGCUACCAAGGGAUAUGGGCAGCACAGGCUCCCGUCAAAUUGCUCAAUGAUGGGAACAGAAUACCAGUCAUCGCUUUGGGAACUUAUGGUUCGGCGGAUGACAUCGCUGUUAUGAGACAAGCGGUCUUUUGGGCGAUUGAAGCUGGUUAUAGGCAUAUUGAUACAGCUGAGUUGUAUAGAAAUGAAGAGCAAGUUGGACAGGGGAUAGCUGAUGCAUUACAAAAGGGCCUCGUGAGGAGAGAAGAAUUGUUUAUCACUACAAAGCUAUGGAACAAUCAUCACGCCCGAGAUCAAGUGAUUCCGGCGCUGAGAGAUUCCUUAAGGCGACUGGGUUUGGAUUACGUGGAUUUGUAUCUUAUACACAGUCCUGUUGCUCAGGCAGCUAACGGUACUUUUGAAGACAUUGACUAUUUAGAUACCUGGCGUGGUAUGGAGGAUGCGAAGAAACUUGGGCUGACAAAGUCUAUAGGAGUUUCAAAUUUUAAUAGCGAACAAAUCAACAGAAUUAUAAACAAUUGUGAAAUAAAACCAGCUGUAAAUGAAAUUGAGGUAAAUCCAACAUUGACCCAAGAGGCGCUCAUCUCCUACUGCCAAAGUGUCGGCAUCGAGGUUAUGUCUUACAGUCCAUUCGGCUUCAUGGUGUCCAGAAAUAGAGAGAAUUCUCCCCCGCCUAAGUUCGACGAUCCGGAGUUGACGAAAAUGGCGCACAAAUAUGGAAAAAGCACCAGCCAAAUCGUACUUCGUUAUUUGAUUGACCGAGAUACCAUUCCUAUACCGAAGUCUGUUAAUAAAGAAAGAAUAAAAAAGAACAUAGACAUAUUCGACUUUAGCUUAACAGAAGAGGAAAUUGCGACAAUUAACAAGUUUAAUAAGAAUGUGAGAGUUGUAGACAUUGUGAAAUGGAAAAACCAUCCCUACUAUCCAUUUAAUAAACCG